AUUCUGGUGAACACUGCCGUGCAUCUUCUCCGAGAAUGCACAACCCCCUCCCAUAUAGCUUCUUUCUCGUCGUGCAUUUUGAUGAAGGUUACACUCUGAAACCCCCCCCUCCUCCUCCUCCCAUAUCUCACAACCGGUUCGGCCGGAUGUAAAUAGCCCAAGGGGCGGUUACAACUCUGUCAUUUUUUUACCAACCUUAUACUUUUGCCAUUCGUGAAGAGAGAGAGACGAGAGAAGAGAGAGACACGAGUGUAAAAUAGAAAGGAGAGAGAGAGAGAGGAGAGAGAGCUAAACCGCCACGCAGACACUUAAAAAACAAACACAUCUUUGAGUUCCAGGCUGUGGACCGAGGGGGUUGCACGCCACCAACGAAGCGAAUAUUAUAAACCUCGGGAUUGUACGAUCUAAGAGAGCGAGAGGAGAGAGAGGCGAGUGAUGGCUCAUCGCAAGAAUCUCCAGUCGAGGCUGGCCAAGCUGACCAACUUCUAUCAGUCCUUGGGCAAGGAUGCGGAUGCCGACACGGAGUCUGGCUCCGAAGCUGGAUGGGAGCCCGGCUUCAGUGGCAGAGAGGCAGUGGCUGUCCCGCGCAGCUCCGUCAGCAUCGUCCGUAACAGGCGCUCCUACGCAGAGCCCUCGUCCCCUCCACCCGAACAGGAGUUCCCAUCGGAGAGCGGCGCGGACCUCGAGCUGUACGGGAGCACGCUGCAGGUCGGAGAAGCAGUGCGAGGCUCCGGCGACGACAUGGACACCUCUCCGUCCCCGCAACCGUCUUCAAAUGCCACUGCCACUGCCGGCGGUGGUGGCGGCGGCGGCGGCGGCAGCGGUAACGACAGCGACGGGGGGACACGGCGGAAACCCUCGACCACGGCCCGAGCUCCCAGGAGCCCCCAGGAUCCCCGAGGGCCGCGGAGCCCGCAGAGCCCAGGGAGCGGUCCGGAGAAAACCUUCGGACAGUUUCGCUCGUCGGCCUUCAUAGACAAGGCCGGAAGGGGCGGCACGAGGUCAGACGAGGCACAGCUUUCACGCGACGAAGACGAGAAGGCUUUUGUCAGUCAGAGAACCGUAUACUUGAAACCCACCGUAAACCUCUUCAAUCCACCUGCCAAGGUGGCCCGGUCGGCCGCAUCCAUUGAGGCCGCGAAGCAAGCGCGAAAUGACACGGAGGAGGAACACAAGACGGAGAAGACGAUCAGGCUGGUCAGGCCUCAGAAAGACCGACCCUCUCCUUUAAAAUCUACGGAAACGGGUCGGCAGGCUGUGAUGACAGGCGUGGGCCCGAGCCGUGCGCGAGGAGGAGAGGAGCCCAUGGAGGGUGUCGAGGAUGCGGGUGGUGAACCCCGAGCACCCGGCGCAGCGUCGAGGAUGAAGGAGGCUCCAAUGGAAGGGCCGGAAACGGGCCCCCGGGGCGGUUCGGUGUCGUACGCCACGUACCAGGGCGCCGCAAAGCUGAAGAAGAGGCCUCGGCCCAACUCCAAGUUGUUCGACGACAAUGGGGCAGAGUCCGCUUCGGCCAGCGAGGCGAACAACUCGGAGGAGGCGUCCCAGUCAGACGCCGCGAGAAGUGCGAACGGAGCGGAGAGGAGCAAGGUGCUGAGGAAGACCCCAGGGAGGCUGCCCAGGGGAAAUGGCAAGGAGGACGGAGAGGCCGUCCGCUCUCUCAAGGCCAAGGCGACGCUGGCCGCAUCCGAGCAAGGGACUGCGGGGCAGGCGGCCGACGGCCAGGGUCAAGGGAAUCAUCCCAAGGAGGUGGUGAUUGAGGAAACGGAAAUCGUGACGAUCGAGGAGAUCGUGACGCCCAAGGACAAAGUGGGCCCCGGCUCGUCGACGAUUUUUGACAACGAGAAUUCUCAGUCCGUGAAAACGCAGAUUUCGCAGCACACCAAUACCAAGAAGACGGUGGUGGUUCAGGGCAAUCGGAUUUCCCAGGUGACUUCGUCAAAGGGCAGCUCGCCUCCGUCGAGUCCGAAAGAGAAAGACUCUGACGCCGUGAGUGGUGUGGGCAAGGUGAGAAUAAACACGCGGGACCGUAGGUCUAACCCAUUCACGGGCAGUGACAUUAACUCCAGGGCGUCGCCAAAAGCCACCGAGGAGGCGAGCCAACGAAGCCCGGUUAUCUCUAGAAAAAUGCCGACGUCAAAGCCCGCGGAAGCCAAACCCAUUUAUAAACAGGACAAAGUCCUCUCCGGUGAUUCGGAGACCAAACCCGAGGGCGGGCUGAAUUCCACGCGUGAGAAAGCGUGCAACAUGCCAGAGGAAUCCGCCGAUCAGAAAGCAGCGCCCGGUGUGGCAGAGUCAGACGCUACGGAGGGGGCAACGCAAACUCCAGCGAGCGGCGGCCGUCAGCUCACCAGUCGUGGCGAUGACAUGGGCGCCUCCCUGCCCAUUCAGGGUGGCGCAAAGAAUGGGGGAGAGGACCCGGCGUCUGAUCCCGCGGCGCCCGAGGGCGAAGGGAAUGUCGCGGGCGUCUUGCGCAAGCAGGAUAAUCAAGCGGAGCUGCGAGCACCGGAUCGCGAGCGUGUGGGCAAGAGCCCUGCCGUGCCUCCAGGGCCUGAGAGUUCAGUGAAGAAACCCAGAAUGGUUGAGGAGGGUGUCUCGUAUGCCGCCGCCGCCGCCGCCGCCGCCGCCACCACCACCGCCUCAGGUUCAGACACGCCGCGUUUGGGCGUGCCUGUUAACGUAAACAAAAAUGUUGAUCGGUCGUCGGCAGCGAAUCAAUUAAGAGACGGGGAGACACCUGAAGUGGUGGCAGCAGUAGCAGCAGGCGAUGUCUGUGCAGUGGCUGCCGAGAAGGAAACAAAAAUGGACGUAAUAAUUGUCAAGGACCUUUGCAGUAUAACCGGUUCUGGUACAGAAGUCAUCUCGAGCAUCCUGGAUAUUAACAAGGUCGUGACAGUCGAGCAAACACAAAGCCUCUUGAAAGCCAGCGCUGCUGCUGAACCAUCACAGGAUAUUAAUUCAGUCAAAGUAGACACUCCCACAAAAGCCACACUGACUGGUGAGCCUGCAGCACAGAGCAUGCCUUUGCUCUCAGAUACCAGCAGCAGCAGAAGCGGAACUCACGCUAAAGUCCAAGGAGAACCUUCACGACAGCAUGUUGAGGCAGGUCCCAUGGAUGCCGAGCAAGCUGCGAGUGCAUCGCUAGGAAAUCCUUCGUUGGGAGUGGAGGAAAAAGCGCCGCAGCCAUUGCAGCCCCCGGAUAUGGUCAGCGCAGAGAGCUCGACCUUCAUAAAAGCUGGAACGCAGUUUGAAAAUAUCACUGAUGGACAACAGCAACAACAGCAGCAGCAACUUCAGCAGCAGCAGCAACCGCAGCAGCAGCAACAGCAGCAGCAGCAGCCUGUCAUCAACGCAGCCACUGCGGAACAUGUCGAGGUUAGUGCAGGUAACUGCGCGUUACCUGAUGGAGGAGGCGCCGGUGAAGCUCCAGCCGACGGGGCGCUCUCGGUGCUACAGAGCGCGGACGACGCCGCCGUCCCGAUCGAGCUGCCAGGUUUUCGGUGUUACCUGCCGAGGCCUUCGCCCAUGGAGAUGUGCGCCGAGGUGGAGGUGAUCGAGAACAUGUUCCAGGAGGGGACGGCAGCGCCAGACACAGCGGACAACGGGGGGCGGCCCUCCCGGCAAAACCCGGCAUUUGAGCAGUUCUCUCUGCUGUCGCCCAUUAAGGAGGAGGACUUGGAGGAGGAGGGGGGUGACGAAGAGUCGGCGGGGGCCGCCAGAAGGCAGAAGUAUUUCCCCCCGGGGGACGUAGCCCUCGCGAGCAAGAGCCCAAAGUUGUCGCCGCUGGCGAGCGGAUUCGGCGAAAGUACAGGCGCUCCCGGAGUCGCCGAGGAGGACGGGGGUGGAGGAAGGACGAGCGAGCGUCCGCAGCCGCCGGACGACCAGCAAAAUGUGAACCUUUGGUCCUUGAAGAGCGGCACCAAGUCCGAACUGCCUUCGGUCGACUUCCAAAAGACGAAGACGAUGAACUUCUUGAAGGAGCAGAUCAAAAACCGCAGCUUGAAGUCCAUGGUGGGCCACCAGAGCCUGCACAACGGUUUCGGCAAGGACAGAGCGGGGCAGCUCAACGAGGACGCUGAGGGCAAAGGUGAAAGUGGCGCCCCGGGCCCGUCCCCCCACAACAAAUUCUCGAACCUCUACAAGCAGUCCUCGCUCUUGCUGAAAGGCUUUGACGCCAGCGGCCUGGAACCGCGCAGCCCGGUGCAAACGUCGGAACCCGCGGACGUCUGGCCAAGCCCGAGACUUCCGGGCACCAGGGCGGCGCACGAGGGAGCGGACACGAGGGUGACAUCUCCCAGAGGUGCGUUUGCCCCUGGCGCGUCCGCGCUUUCCCAGCUCGGAGACUUUGGCACGGCCGGCAAGGACGGUGGCGGCGUGCCAACGCUGCCGCCACCGCUGAGCGGCCACGCUUCGGCUGCUGUCCAGAGUUUCGAAGGGAGCAGGCAGCAGCAGCAGCAGCAGCUGGGCUCACACGGGGCUGCCCUGGAGCUUGCGUCUCCCUUGAGGGAUAUGACUUCCGCAGCGGCUCUCGGGCGCAAAGGAUCCGGGGGCAGCAACCUCCUGCAAGAAGCCUUGCCGGGUCCCGAGCAACUGCUGGCGUUCGGCAGCUUCCCCGACCAACCGCAGCCCGGCAUGUUCCCGCAAGGCCCCACCAACGGAGCUCCCCAAGAUCCGGCAAUGGAAGGUGAAAGACAAGUGAACCCAAGGCCGGGAAAGAUGGUGAUUUUCUACGAGCCGGGCUUUACCGGCAAGAAGAUCGAGCUGUUCACGGACGUCGCUGACGCGACGUCCUGGGAUCUCCCCGCCACCAUCUCGCUGAGGGUGGUGCGAGGCGGGUGGCUUGUGUAUCGCGAGUCGGGCUUCACGGGCGAGUGCUUUGCGCUGGAGGAGGGAGAGGAGGAGAUGACGGAUCCGUGGGGGGAGAUGCUUGCAGAGGAACAAGGGUUUGUGGGUGGGCCCAUGGUGGGGAGGAUCGAUCAGGGCAAGGCGGAGGAGGAUGGCGAGCCCAAGGAGCCGAAGAUCGUCAUUGGGUCCAUCAAGCGCGUCGUCAAAGACCACUCCAUGCCGGAGAUCGUGCUCUUCUCGGAGGAGGAGUUCCGGGGGACAGACAUCAUUGUGUGCGACGACGCGGAGAAGGUGGAAGUUUACGGAAUGCAGCCGACCGUCUCCUCCAUCAUCGUCAACUCUGGCGUGUGGCUGCUGUACCUGGGAUUCCACUACAUGGAGCUCAUCAGCAUCCUUGAGCCUGGGGAAUACCCCACGAUGGAUUGUUGGGAUGGGAUGCAGCCUCGCAUAGGAUCCCUGCGGCCCCUCAAAAUGGGAGAAAUCAAAGUGGAGAGGCCGAAUGAAGCGAAGGUGAUUUUGUACGAGGAGCCGAAUUUUGAAGGGCAGCAGAAGGAGGCGUUUUUGGAGAUUCCCACGCUGGGCGGAGUUUUCGGGGAAGACUCUCCCGGGAGAGUCGCUUCCAUCCGCGUCAGGGCCGGAGUGUGGGUUGGUUACGAAGGUCCUAAUUUUUCCGGUCGGCAGUAUAUCCUGGAGGAAGGUGAAUACCACAGCUGGCAAGAGUGGGGAGGCUGCAAUGAGACACUUUCCUCCAUAAGACCCAUAUUUGCUGACUUUGCGGAGCCGCGGGUGGUGCUCCUGGAGCUGCCCGGCUCACCCGAGGGCCGAGAGUUGAGCGUGGAGGGAGACUCGUUGACGGACGUAGAAGCGGUCGGCUACGCGCCCACCACCACCUCCAUCUCCGUCGAGCGCGGCGUGUGGGUCGCGUUUGAGCUCGAGGAUUUCAUGGGCCAGAUGUUCGUCCUGGAGAAAGGAUAUUACGCAACACCGGCGGACUGGGGUGGCCAAGGUCCCACUCUGUCCUCCAUUAGGCCUGUCCGACUGGAGCGAAGUGUGGAAAUGAGUUCUAAAGCCAAGAUGGAGGUGUACUCGCAGAGAGAUUUCUCAGGGAUGCAUCGCCUCGCGGAUGCCGAUUUUAAGACCCUGCCCGAAGGCUGGUCCACGGUUGGCUCCGCGCGAGUGUUGAAGGGCUGCUGGGUCCUAUACAGCAAUGAUGACUUCUCUGGGAGGGAAUUCAUUCUGGAGGAGGGCUGCUACUCAUGCCCAGAAGCAUUUUUCUCGCUCGACGCUCAGAUCAAGUCUCUUCGGCCAAUUCCUAUCGUCUUCUCGGAGCCGUCCAUCAGCCUCUUCUCGCACGAGGACCUCCGUGGCCGGGAGAUGGUGCUGGAGGAGGCGACCCCGAGCCUGGACACCCUCGGCGGUGGAGGCUGCGUGCGCUCGCUCCACGUCCACGGCGGGCUUUGGGUGGCGUUUGAGUUCCCUAACUUCCAAGGGCGUCAGCUGCUGCUGGAGCCGUCGGAAACCCCCGACUGGAAGCAGCGGAGCUCCUGGGGCCGACUCGGUUCCAUCCGGCCCCUGAAACAGUCGGGUGUGUGCGUGCGUGUUAGGAACCAGGGCCAGGACGGCGUACUGACCGUGAAGGGGGACCUGGCGGACCCGCGCGGCGUGUCCGUUUGCCUUCUCCCUGAUUGCGGCAAAUCCACGCAGCUUUGGCUCUUCCAGGAUGGAUUCCUGCGUAGCUUGGCGAGCGAGGCAUGCCUAGAGGUGGUGGGCGGGAUGGCGCGCGAGGGCACUCGCGUGGUGCUGUGGCCGGAGCACGGCAAGCCGCAGCAGCGGUGGUACAUCGACAGUGACGGCACCAUCGGCAGCCGCCUCCGUGACGACCUCGUGCUCGACGUUCAGGGGAGUGGGAUUAUCGACAGGAACCAGGCGGUGAUCAUGCUGCGGAACCAGCACAGGCGCUCGCAACUCUGGCAGCUGGAAGUCCAGUAGCGGUGCGGCACAACCACGACACGCCUAACACCGCAAAGUCCGGUUUGCCACCGCCAGCUGCUUGUGAAGCCGGCGCGGAGAAAGUCGCGCGGCACUCCGUGUUUGAACGCUUCUUCGAAGACGCCGGAAGUUUUUGGGUGGACGCAUCAAAGAAGAUAUUUUUUUUUGUUGAGUGUGAGAACACGCUAUUGAACUUGACACGUGCAAUGUGGGUCCGUGUGUCCUUUUUCAGAAUUCCAAGCUGAACCCCUCCCCACCCCACCCCACCCCACCCCUGGUCAACUUUGCCAGCUUAACCCUUUACCAUUCCCAGACGCCUGCAAGUUGCAGGGUGGUGGGGUGUCCCCUUCACCCGCUGAAUCUCGGAGAUGCGCAAGCGGUUCGGCUUUAAUUUCAUUUAGAGAGGCGUAGUAGCGCCGCUGUUUUUUAAGACAUUUUUCUGUACUCACCGCGGAGAACCGUAGUGACACGACCGCACUCUGCCGCACACGCCCUGCCGCGUGGCCUUUUUGAUUCCGAUUCCGUUCGGAUUCGAUUCCGUCGCGAUGACAUACGUCAUCGUAACGGAAUCGGAAGAAAAACCGACGACGCGCACACGCACACGUACGUCAUCGGAGCGGGAGGGGGUGAACAGGCAACAAGAAACGUGAGCCAUUUUCCUUGCACUCCGCGCGUUGAGUCGUUGCCACAUUACCCCACUCAUAUCUCGUGGGGGGAAAUGCGUGAGCGAUGACGUGCAAGCAUUCGCGACCGCGCGGGAAAUUCGAAACCAGUCGUGAGCUGUGGAGAAAAAAAAAA